GAUGACGACGGGAGAGAGACAGAAAUGAGUUGUGACAAGUCCCGUGGUUCAGCGGCUCGGGCUCUGAUGCGUCAACCCGGUGAAUCACCAGCAGCACCGAGGAGGAGGACAACGAAAGAAGGAGAGACAGGGAUGGAAAGGAGGGGAGGAAAAAAAAGGAGAAAAGGGUAGAAAGAGAGGAGGAGGAGGAGGAGGAGGUACAAAAAGGCUCCGCCGUCAUUCAGUCUGUCACACAGACCACACACACCAAGUCAGCGGACCGUCAAUAUUUAAGCUCCAUCCUGUGACUAUCUCCUCUCCAGUGUAACAUCUUUAAUAUGAUCAAUACAUCCGUUUAUAGGAUCGACUCGACAUCACCUGCGUUUUCUCCUUCAUCCUCUCCAGAGUUGUCUGAGUGAGGAGGGCAGAUUUAAUUGAGUCGACACAUGCUGAAAAGUUUUUAUUUUUUUGCGAACUAAUCUUCCAGAGGAGAGGAAACAUCUUUAUCGGGUUAUUUCUGCUGAAAUCUGCCAGUGGAUGAACUUCUGAGAGCGCAGUGAACGGAAUAAAGGGAUUUGGAGAAAAUGAAAAGGUGUUGCGGAGUCCAUCAACCCCAGCUUGUCUUGCUAUUGGCUGCUGCCAUGGCAACGGCCCUGGAUUCCUCACACACGCUGGCCAGUGAGAGGAGUUCGAUAGAAAGCACAUACGAGCUGACCAAAUACCUGGAGUAUCAGCUCAAGGAAAUCAAAGACAUAUAUCUGACCUAUCUGGGUCCUCCAUUCAACGAGAAAGACUUCUCCCCUCCACGACCCAACAGUACAGCUCUGUCCCUGCCCAGUGCCGCCACCCGCCUGGAGCUGUGGCACAGCCUGGAGAAUCAAGCUCGGCUCGCCCAGAACCAGAAGGCCUACUCUGUCCUGCUGGCAGCCGUCAGAGAGUUAGCCCGCUCCACCCUCUGCCCCUCCCUCAAGAUCUCCCUGCUGCACUUUUGCACAGGCCUGGAUGGGCUGCUGGGCUCCAUAUCUGCACUGAUGACCACACUCGGUUCUGCACUUCCUCCUCCAUCUACAGACAUUGGAAGUUACGCUGGAGAACUGCAGUACCCCCAAAGGGGGGCAGGGGGCGAUAGACCAGCUCCACUGAUGAGCCAGAGCCUUUACAGGUCCAGAGCCGGGACCAGGGCCGAGUCCGGUCAACGUAACAGUCAAAGAAGAAGCGGGACGAGGGUGGUCACUGGGGAGAGCGACGACAGUGUCACCUCAGACCGGGUGGAAAAAAGGAGAGGGAAAGAGGGGAGGAGAGCAGAGGCGACAGCAGCUGGAGGAAGGAGUGGUGGAUCAAGGGAGAAGGGAAGAGGAGAAAGAGGGAGGAGAGGGAGGAGGGAAGAGCCCGAGAGCGGGAAAUGGACUGUCGGCAAAGACGAGAGUAGAGUAGGAGAGGAGGAAGAGGAGGCACUGGAGCAAGAGGGAGGGGUGGAGAGAUGGGGGACAAGGAGAAGGUUGUUGAGCAUCAAUGAGGAUGGAGAGGAGGAGGAGAUGCAACCUGAAUCCAGGGUAGUAGUGUCGUAUCCGGGCACAAAAGGCUCCACCUCCCUUCGACAACCGACUCUCCAAACCAACAACAUCAACCAGUACAGCUACAACCUGAACUCACGUCACCCUGACACAUUCAGAAAGGAAGAUGGGUUUAUUGUAGAAACAGGCAGGGGGUUAACGGUGGAGGAGGAGAAGCAAACCGACAUGGAAGCUACCUCCUCUUCCUCCACUUUCCAUCAUCAACGUCGGCCUCCUCGCUCCCUCCUCUCCCCCACCCUCCAACCUCCUCUGUCCACCCUAUCCCUCCUCUACCAGUUCGGUGCAGGUGAGGAGCACACCCUCCUCCCACAGCCUGUCCCUCUGUCUUUACAAAGGGGCACCUCACUCCUCUCGCCUCCUCUGACUCCGCUCCUGUCCUCCACCUCCUCGUCGUCCUCCUCACUGCUGUCGGUGCGGCCGACGAUGAACGACUUCGCCAGGAAGGUGGAGGGAUUUUGGAUAUUGCGAGAGCUGCAGAGUUGGUUGUGGCGAUCGGCGAAGGACUUUAACCGCCUCAAGAAGAGACUGAGAGGCUGAGAGACUGAGACAGGAAACACGCAAGUGCAGUAUAUCGGUAAUCUAUUACUUGCACAAAGACUGAGUGGAAACAAACUGAGAGCUUUAACAGACAAAAGCACAUAAACACAUUCAUGCUUAACACAUUCAUUCAUACAGUACUGGAAUAAGUGAAUGAAGGACUUUUUGGCAGGUCACCAGAAGUGCUAAUGGAAUAUAACACACACAAAGCCAACACAUUACCAGCACUGUCACCCGCCUAAUGCACAUAGCAGCUCAUUCAGCGAGACACACUGAGACUGGGCCUAGUUACCGGACUUCACGGCUCAUAGAUCAACAGAAAUACCACUGUAGGUGGUUAGACACACACGCACACACAUAUGCACACACAUAGGGGCAGACUGAGUGACAGGCAGAGAGACAGACAGACAGUGCAGCCAUUGAGAGAGAACGCUGAUUCAGUGACCCCUGAUGUGUGAAUCAGCAAACAUUCAUUUUCUCUAAAGGAAGAAGGGAAACUUUCUGAAAGGGUGUAAGACAAAGGGAGAGAAGGAAAUGACCAGAGGGAUGAAGAGGAGGAGAGGAAGAGGCAGAAAGAGGAAGACGGGAGGAGGCGUGAGUCAGGGGAUGAGCACAGGAAAUAACGGGCAGAGGGGUACUGCUGAGUAAUCAGAUGUCGGUUACCGUAACUCUACAACAGCGCUACACAUACUGUCCAGACACACACACACACACACACACACACACACACACACACACACACACACACACACACACACACACUUAUUGGUGAUAUUGGGUGCCUUAACAUACCCUUCUCUUCUAUUCUGCUUUUAAUUCAGUGCUCAUUCAUUUGUACAACUUUUUAAUGAUUUCAUUCCAUAGCAAAUAAAUAUUUAACAUAAUCUUUCAAUGUUUUAUAGUAGUAAUAGUAGUCCAAACAUUUGGGGAAAUAUACUAAUUUGCUUUCUUGCUGAGAGUAAGAUGAAAACAUGAAUUAUACCACUCUCCUGUUUGUGCACUAGAUAUGAAGAGGGAGCCAAUGGGUGGCUAGCUUGGCUUAGCAUAAAGACAGGAAACAGAGAGAAACGGCUAGUCCUGGCUGUAGUCUGAUCUAACCUACCUUAAGAUCACUAAUUAACACGCAAUAUCUUGUUUGUUUAAUCCUGACAAAACAAAGAUUUUAAAAUGAGUGGAUUCUUGUGCUAGGCACUUUCAUUCUGUGUAUGGGUUACAAAAACAGGAUAUAAUGUUGGUGAAUAUGUCACCUUUGAUCAGAGCCAAAAUAGCUUUUAUCCUCUGCCGUCAAGCUUAACUUAAAACCUAAAAAUGAAUCUAUGGCAGCUACGUGAAUAGGCUUUGUAGCUACGUCAUAGCUGAUGUGCAAAACGUGAACAUGUUGGGGCGGUGGCGGAUAGGGAGAUGCCAUGAUAUCAAAUGUCACAAAUAACAACCUGUGACUGUGAUAGUAUCUGCAGCGGGACUUCUUUCAACCCAUUGCUUUGACUAAUCUAGCUUCUGUCUUUAUGCAAAGUUAACUGUCUUCUGUCUCCACUUCAGGGCUGCACAAUUAAUCGUAAUAUAAUAAAACUUUCAAAGUGCGAUAUCCAAAUCACAGAAGCAAUUUUCUUGACAAAACCACAUUAUAAUGAAGGUCUGUCCUACAAAUCAAACAAUGUUUGUUUGUUACAGACCUCAACAAAUGUCACAUCAUCAUGAUUUUAAUAGUUUCUUCAGUGAAAAUGAAAAUUGUGAUGCAAAAAUGAUCAUUCCCACUAAACGUGAACUAUAUGACAAUCGUGGUAUUUCCCAUAAUAACCACAAUAUGAUUUUUCCACCAUACUGUGCAGCCCUACUCCAGUUUCAUAUUUAACAAAAACAUAUGAAAGUGGUAUUAUUCUUUUCAUCUAACUCUCAGACAGAAAGCAAAUAAGCAUUUAAACUACUUCAACCAUCUAUUCUGUGCCUUCUAAAACAUGAAAUCAGAGACUUUUUCCCAUGGCAACUUACAGAUGGCUUAAUUUCUUUUUCAAAACAAAUCUAUUGUUAUGUCUUUGCAAUGUGCCUUGGAUGAUGUGGCUAAAGGUUAUAGACCAUAUCUCUGUAAUAUUUAUUGAACAAGAUGUUUAUUUAUUUUUCUCCAGUGUGAAAAUACUGUAUCGUAACUCAAGAGAGAAUAAAUACUAGCUUUUGUACAGAG